GUGACUCUCACCUCAUAGUCCUGGGAUUACAGAACUUGUCACAUUCCGGAAAUGAAGUAAGUUAUUUAGCUAUCACAGACGAAUCAACAACGCAUCAACCUUUAUCAAGUAUGAAUCAAGGUUUGAAGAACCCUUAUCAGAAAGCUGACGAACGAAUCACGGCAAGUCGUGAGAUAACAG